CGCCGCCGUCAUGGGCCGUCGCGGAGCCGCCGCUGCCGCCGUGCUGCUGCCCCGGGCGCUGCGGGGGGCCGAAGCCGAGCGCUCGGCGGGGGACACGCUGGCGGCCUGGCAGCAGUACCGACGCGCCUGCGAGCUGCGGCUGCGGCACGACCCGCCGGCGCCCGAACCCGUCUGCAACCGCAGCUUCGACAUGUACGUGUGCUGGGGUGACGCGGCACCCAACAGCACCGCCACGGCGCCCUGCCCCUGGUACCUGCCCUGGCACCACCAAGGUAACCGCGGCGGCACGCCGGUGCCACCCGCGCCGGGCACGGCCCUGCAGGCCGUUGCAGGUUUGCAGGGUGGCGUGGUGGCCCGGCGCUGCGGCUCCGACGCCCAGUGGGUGACGGAUGAGUGGGGCCGGCCCUGGCGGGACCAUGCGCAGUGCGAGGACCCGGAGCGGGAGCAGCCGCUGCAGCGGCAGGCCUGGCUGCUGGAGCAGUUCCGCCUCGUCUACACCGUGGGCUACUCGCUGUCGCUGGUGGCCCUGCUCGUGGCCCUGCUGCUGCUGCUGCUGUUCAGGCGCCUGCGCUGCACCCGCAACUACAUCCACGCCAACCUGUUCGUGUCGUUCGUGCUGCGGGCGGGCGCCAUCCUGGCGCGGGACGCGCUGCUGCGCCGUCACCUGCCCCCGGCGCCCGCCGCCGCCCCCCCGGCCCCCCGCGACUUCUUCCGCCUCCUCGGGGAGCAGGGGGCCGCGGGCUGCCGGGCGGCGCAGGCGCUGGCGCAGUACUGCGUGGGCGCCAACUACGCCUGGCUGCUGGCCGAGGGGCUGCACCUGCACGGGCUGCUGGGCCGGGGGGCCGCCCCCCCCCAGCGCCGCCUCGCAGCCUACCUGCUGCUGGGCUGGGGGACCCCCCUGCUCUUCGUGGUGCCCUGGGUGCUGGUGCGCUACCUCUACGAGAACGAGCGGUGCUGGGAGCGCACGGACCGGGCGCCCUUCUGGUGGAUCAUCCGCUGCCCCAUCCUGCUGGCCGUGGCGGUGAACGCGGUGCUCUUCGUGCGCAUCCUGCGCAUCCUGGUGGCCAAGCUGCGGGCGCAGCAGCUCCGCUGCUCCGACUACCGGCUCCGGCUGGCGCGCUCCACGCUGACGCUGGUGCCGCUGCUGGGGGUGCACGAGGUGGCCUUCGCCGUGGUGGCGGCCGAGCCGGCGCGCGGGCCCCUGCGCCAGGGCCGCCUGCUGCUCCAGCUGCUGCUCUCCUCCUGCCAGGGUCUCAUCGUGAGCAUCCUCUACUGCUUCGCCAACAAGGAGGUGCAGGCCGAGGUGCGGCGCAGAUGGCGGCGCUGCCGCCCCGGCCCCCCCCGCCGCCGCCACCCCCCGCCUUGUACUGGAUGCCCCCGCGGCUGUACCCCACGGUUGUACCCCCUGCCGCUGCGGUUGUACCCUGUCUCCCUCUGGUUGUACCCCAAGAAACUUGUCACACACCACAGCGGUUCUCAUCCAUGGGGACGGUGGGGAACUGGUGACACUGGGAUCACUGGGGGGGUCACCGGGGGCCUUGGGGGGGUCACUGGGUGA